CAUGACCGAUACUGUGCAGCGACGGUCCAGUGGGAAGUGCGCUUGACUCAUAAUCCAGAGGACUCAGGCUCGAUUCCUCGCAGCUUGGAAAAAGAAUUAUCCAACAUAGAGAGUCCCUUGGCCCUUUCGGUUCGAAUAGUGGAGACUUGUAGCACGUUUCAGUACCAAGUAAACAUUGUUCUCAUUCUCAUAGGUUUAGCCUUUCUCAAGAUAAGGUGCAGACUUGAUGGAAACUUGGUACGCUUUCUCAUCAUCGAAUGACGUUUCUGGACUUGAAUUUGGACUUGUCUCAACCCCACACCUCUCAAACUUUCUUCUGGCUUCUGAUUUACAACAUUCCAUGAGUAGAAUAACGUCGAGCAAUUACGAUUAGCCACUCGCAGAAUCAGAUCAAUAGCUCGGUUCUUCAUCCGUCCUUGGCUCCCCCGAAUACCUUAAAGGUGCAGGUUUCAGACGAAGACAGGAGAACGGACUGCAUUGCCGCGUGCUUGGAAUUCUCGAGCUUUAAUGGAACCCAUAAGUCGCGCCUAACGUAUGAAAAACCUGGCUCUAUAUUCGCGCUUCGCCAGGAAUAAUAACGCAGCCAAUUUGUAAAACAAGUUAUCCAAUAUUCAUGCGCAUUCCUCGCACUCGUUUCGAGAUGUGACGACCUCCCCGGAAUAAGUAUGAAAAAUCGUAGGACGCUUAACGAUAAGCCAUCCUGUUCGAUAAAGCACCACGAAAAGAUUUAUCAGGAGUUCGUGAAUAUUUUUCGCAUUUUGAAGUUGGUCGAAUCAUUAAAAAGUUACUAUUUUCCAAAUUCUAUUCUUUUUUAAUAUCGAAGAUGGUCAAAUUUCAAGUGACACUUGGAGAAAAUGGUACACUCUACAGUGAUUUUUAAUUUAAUCGUGAAUUGAAAUUAGAAAUUAAUUCUCUCCAUUUUAUUUAACUCGUCUAAGGAUCUUUUGAGGAGAAUAAAAGGAUUCCAAUUUUCUGGAUGACUCUUCUAUCAUUUUUAUUAUCUGAAAUGACCAGAUUGGCCCGUUAAGAAAGCCUUUAAGCAACAAGCUGGAUAAAUAGGCUCCUCUUUGAGACUUCUUCCGUGGUGUAUUCAUGGUCGUCCUUUAUUCGGAUUUUUUGAUAACGUGGAGAUGAAAAUUCUUUUCGAAACACCGCGAGUCCCAUUGUUAGUUGGAAGCCUCGCAGCUUCCGGCGAGUACCAUCGGCUCGUUAUUACUUUGAAACUAUCAAAGUGGAUUUUCAAGGAAAUUUAAAACAGGUCUAGCUUGUAUUAAACGUGUGGUCCUUUUUUUUUUUUAAAUUGGAAACGAACGUCGCGAACUUGUAGUUUCCAACUACUUUCAUAUCAGCUUCAACGUCAAAGCUGCCACAAUUUAUUCAAUUAUUAAAUGAGCAUAGGUGAAACACAUUUAACGUUGAAGACAUGAAUUUCUUUUAAUUAUUAUUAUUGGUCUGUGGGUUCUAUUUGUUAUAUAAACUAAUAUAAUAAACACAUUGUAAAUGUGCGUGCACUUGUGCGAAAGAGCAUUGCAUAUAUGCUUUAUGCGUUAUUUCUACAUUAUUGUACAUCGUCAAUGCAGAAAAUCCGCGGUCUAAUUAUUCUAAAACGUUUUUAUUGGUCGUAAAAGUAAGCAAUUUGCGGAAGGUCGCGAUUAAAGGAGGAGAAAUCGCUGUAGCAUAACUGAAGCAUCGAUUCACGUUUCAGUGACAGAAAAUGGAAAUUUAUAUCGGACGAAUUCAUUAAUUCCCGUUUACUUUGUUAAUGGAUUUUAUGGUAAUAUUCUCUGGUUCGAUAUCGGUGUCCACUGGAAUACACAAACGUGUUCUAGUUCAUUUCAACACAGUUCCGCAAUUACAAACGAAUAAUUACACAAAGUAAAAAAGAUAAAAUACUACAAUUUAAAAUUUUCAACGCAAUUUUUAUUCUACGUUAAGGAAAUUUGUAGAGCUUUAAAUUUAUAUAAAAAUUUGUUUGAAGGAUUUGGAGUACUCAGGGCAAAGGUUCUUGUAAACGAAGCAGAAACGUUUGAUAGAGGAAUCAAAAUUUAAUAUUAAGAGAAGAAUUAGCGGUUAGAACAAAUGCAACUUGAAUUCAAUCUCCUAGUGGUUCUCGGUUUUCGACAAACCCUUUGGAGCUCCUGGCUUCCAGUUGUUUACUCAAAGUUCAGCGGUUCCAUUAUAACGUAGAAUCCGUGGAGAAGAAAUGUGGUUACAACGGUCGCUGGGAGGGCCAGAACGGCACCAGCAACGAGGACUCGCCCCACGGCUGGGCAAACUACACGACCUGCUUGACACCGGAAAUGCUUCGGUUGCACGGGAAAGUUUACACAAACACCAUCGAGGGUAACAUGAAGAUGGACAUAGCCGAGAGGACUCGAACACUGGAGUUUGUCGGUUUAAGCAUUUCCUUGGUAGCACUCCUCGCCUCGCUCGCUAUAUUCUGUCGAUUCAGGUCCCUAAGAAACACCAGAACCAGAAUCCACAAGAACCUGUUUGUCGCCAUGGUUGUCCAGGUUCUUAUACGCUUGACUGUGUACAUCGACAUAGAGAUCCUCAGGAGAAAGACGUAUGGCAUUCAACGAGGCAUUGGGAACACCCCCGUUCUAUGCGAGGCUAGCUACGCUCUGCUGGAGUACGCAAAGACCGCCAUGUUCAUGUGGAUGUUCAUAGAGGGUCUGUUCCUGCACAAUAUGGUCACUGUCACGGUAUUCCAAGAGACGUCCUACUACCGAAUGUACAGAUUCGUUGGAUGGGGAUGCCCCGUUCUGAUGACUCUCGCCUGGGCCGUCGUCACGGCGUUCUAUUACCACCCGAAGUCCAGAUUUUCCAGAUGCUGGUCGGGAUACAAUUUGUCUUCCUACUUUUGGAUCCUCGAGGGUCCCAGGUACGCGGUGAUAUUGUUCAAUUUUCUGUUCCUGCUGAAUAUCGUGAGGGUGCUCGUGGUGAAGCUGCGACAGAGUCACACCAGUGAGGUAGAGCAAGUUGUAAAGGCAGUGAGAGCUGCCGUGGUGCUUCUGCCAUUGCUGGGCAUCACCAACGUGCUCUUUAUGAUCGAGGCACCCCUGCACAACGUGAAGAAAUUCGCGAUUUGGUCCUACUCGACGCACUUUCUGCAGUCCUUUCAGGGCCUCUUCAUCGCGACCCUUUACUGCUUCCUAAACGGCGAGGUGAGGCUCGCCCUGGACAAAACUAUCUCCGUCUACCUUUCCCUGAGAGGAACUGACCUCCAGGCCAGGAGGCAAUCGACUUUCAGUGGCUGUCAACCUCAACGUAUCGCGUCAGUGAUCGAGAUGGAGGAGGAAGAGAUCAGAUCCAGUGGGUGGAUAAGACUGUGCUGUCGAGGUGGAAACACUCCACCGCCGGACCGACCUGCCGACUGUCUGACCAUGGAGUACCUCUGGCGCUGGACGGAAACAGCGAGAUCUCCCGGAAAUUACCAAGACCUGCGCCGCGAGCUUCAUAGGGAGUUGGAGGAACACCUGGAGACGAGCCAGGAAGUCGAGGCAUCGAGAGCUCGGUUCGAGACUCCGUCAAACUGACCUGGCCGAGCCGAUGAUUCAGCUCCAGGCUACGGCAGUCUCGAAUGGUUGCGAGUCGGUAGAUUCCUCGGUCGAGGAAACGAGGAUCUGCUGAUGGGAGCGAGUACCUGCAGACUGUGAAACGUGGCAGGUGGUGGACAAACUGUUGAGUGACGGUUCUGUCAUUCUGUCAGUCUGGACGUUAGCCAGAAGGUCUGGAGACGAUCUGUAUCGGACUUAAAGUCUCCUGGAUGACACUGAUAGUAAUCAGAGCGUGCAAGGGCCAAGUGUUUUAGACCGAACGUUUCAUCGCGGGAUGAGAGUUCACUUGGAAGACCUGGACGCCGACCCAGACGUUCAAGGGCUGGGGAUAUCGGGCUGCGAGUGUCAUCGUGUGACGUAGAAGAAUCUGGGAGAGCUUGGACGCCAGCCAAAAUGUUGGAGGACCAGGUGUUUUGGACUGCGAGCUUAAACGACGAUGUAGAAGCACCUGGAGGGAUUGGUAGAUCAGCCAGGGAGUUCAAGAGCCAGUGUUUAGCCAAAGACUGCGUGGACCUCGAUGAUAUUCGCCUUCAGGCUAGACCUGCUUCAGCUAUUUGCUAAUUUUUUAGCUGCUUUUACCGGGACGACCACCUAGGACAUCUUGGUUGCCUUUGACGAUACGAUGUCCUUGAUAUCUUGACAAAAAACUACCUAAACAAUGUUUUACUUUUUAUUAAUUUUUAAAUAAUAAUAAUCCUCCUCUUCUUUGCAUCGUCAGAGGCAACCAAGGUACUUGAGGUAGUUGAGACUCGUGUUCGAUUUUAAGGAGCCCAUCAAACGGUGCAAUGGACCGUCGAGAGAGCGAGGGUUUAUGGGUGAUUAGGGUAGCCUGAGUGCGAAAUUACAGCCUGAUGCGCGGUAUUCAAGUCAAAGCUUCCUUGAGUUGAGGAAAUCAGGGACGGAAGGGGGGGAAUUGAUGAGAGUUGGCGAGUUUCGGAACACCGAGUCAAGGGAUGCAUGUUAACGACACUUUGAAUGCAAGUUAACGAGUGGAAACCUUCCAAGUUCGAAUGCGAAUUUAAUGUUCGUAAAUCGGUGGAACGACUGAAUAGAAAUUCGAAUAAGAAAUUUUUAAGGUAAUCUCUGCGUUGAAAUUUGCCUUCGAAUCGCAGCGAUCGACGAUUCGCCCACUUUUAUUUGUGUAGGAUGUUCUUUGUUAGGAGUCUCUAUCGCUUGAAAUUUUAGAAUGUAUCUACGUUGAGCUGUGUACCGUUUGAGAACGUUCGCGACGAGGAUGUCGAGAGAAACGCCGAGUCGUUUGCGGAGGUAACUGCUUUCCUGGCCCUGAACCAGAAUCGUUCAACGAUUAUCUCGCGAGAUUCGGGCAAUUACCACUCAUGUUGAAGGACUCGUUCAAGUUCACCGUUGAUAAAGCCGCGAUAGUUGCAGGAAAACCGUGUGAAAAUGCUGAUGCAAUGGGUUUCUUUUUUUUUUUUUUUUUUUUUUUUAUGAAAAUUCACUAUUAUAAGGGUAGGAGAAGUCGAUACUUUUUGGGAGAUUUAAUGAAGUUUCUGUUUGGUUAAAGCAAGUGUAUGGAAUUGUAGAGAUUAGAAUUUAUAUGAAAAAUUAUCGACAUUUCGUUGUACCGAUCAAGUUGUGAGAAAAUCUGUACCUACGGAGGAGAAUUGAACCCUAACGCCUUCUGGCGUGCUACUUCGGUACCUUAUCGUCGAUAUGUAAUCUUAUGUUUGAUAACUACUUUUGGAAAUUCAAAUCAUAAAUAUCCAAAGAAGUGUCGAGUCUCUGCGCGUAUAAUACUACAUUUUCGUAAACAGAAUUUUAAAUCUACCAAGAUGCAAAAUUUCAAUCGAAUCGGUGACCUGAAUGGCUCGCACUCUCCUCGCGAGACUAUUCGAAUAAUUUUAUAUCGUACAAGUAUUCCAAUCCUACGAAUAAACUUCGUGUAUCAUUAUUUCGAAGUUUAUUCGUAUCUCUGUACUGCGAUUUGACCCCAGUUUUGAAAACCCAUUGCUAGAGUUUUGUUGUUCUCGUAUUUGGAUACUUGAAUAUAAGUGAAUCCUCGAUUAUUCGAAUAUCAUUCUCCCAGGGGGAGAGUCAUUUUUCGAAAGCUGUAACGUCGCCUAUCUGUCACCUGUGUCGAAAGCGCAGGGUAAUUAGUCGUAAGGCCAAUUAGCGGACGCGUCGUUGCUUGAAUAAUUUUUGUAGACGUGCGUUUUUUUAAUAUGUAAAUAAAUAAUCGUGACAUCGUGCGUUUGCAGUGUAUCUACCUCCACGCUUCCCAUGGAAAGAAAUGGGUUUAAUAAAACCUUAAGAAUUUUAACGACGAAGUGUUGGUUACUUGGACAAUUUUCAAAGUACUCGAAUAUAUGAAUUAAGAACUACUAAUGGUACUUGGUAAAAAGUUUUAUUGAGACAGCGAACGGUACAAAAAUGUGUCGUAAAGUACAAAUGCUUUUUAAAAGGAACAUAGAUUUAUCUCGAUAAAAUAUUUUCUGUUUGUGUUAAUUUUUGUAAACAAGGAGCAUAUUCUAAGAAAUGUACAAGUACGUCUCAUGCAAAUUCUUUUCAAGUGUAAAAAUUAAGUCCUCGAAACUGUUUUUCUGCGACAUAAGAAUUCCCUAAUGCUAU